AUGCGUGUAUCAACGGCAGAGAAGCGUCCGGUAGAAUUGAUGACGUCAGCGGAGUCAUCGGAAACCUCCACGGAGGUGACGGUCGUAUCAGUAUCGAGCUCAUUAUCCUCAUCAUCUGAAUUAGACGAGGGAUCUGGUGACGAUCCACCAGACCCAUCUUCAACCAGUAGUUUUGGCCAUAUUAAGAAUGAGACGAGGGAAGCCUUGAAAACCGAUGGAACGGAACAAGACCCGGUAGUGUUUCUGUCGGAGAAAAACAGCUAUAUCCCUGUGAGUAUUAAGCCAAGAUCGCCAGCUGUUGACACAGCAUGGCGGGAGCCACCGGCGUGGGAGAGAGAAUACCGGUAUUCGUACGACCCAGACUGCAUGUACAUCAACGGUACUGGUCGCGACUACUACGAAUUCUACAUCCAGUUGAAUAGGUGCGGUACCCUCGGCAGAAACAGUCAGCACGACGACACCAGGAAACACCCCACAAAAAACCUGAUGUGGAAUACCAUCACUGUUCAAUACAAUCCGUUGAUCGAGGAAGAGCUUGACGAACAUUUCAAAGUUACUUGCGAGUAUGGAUAUGACUUCUGGAAGACUGUCACCUUUCCUUUUCUCGAUGUCGAAGUUGCAACGGGUAAUCCCGUUGUGUUCACUCUGCAGCCGCCGGAGUGCUACAUGGAGAUCCGGUCCGGUUAUGGCGCGACCGGCGCACGGGUAUCCGGCCCGGUCCGGGUAGGCGACCCACUCACACUACUCAUCUAUAUGCGAAGCGCUUAUGAUGGGUUCGAUAUCGUGGUGAAUGACUGCUUCGCUCAUAAUGGCGCUACGAAGAGGAUUCAGCUGAUUGAUGAAUAUGGCUGUCCAGUAGACGACAAACUGAUCUCCCGUUUCCGAGGAUCAUGGUCAGAGUCUGGUGUGUUCGAGACGCAGGUGUACGCAUACAUGAAAACAUUCAGGUUCACUGGGUCGCCGGCGUUAUACAUUGAGUGCGAUGUACGGAUGUGCCACGGGAGGUGUCCGUCUCAACCGUGCCACUGGCGUAAUAUGAAGAGCGUGAAGCGACGUUCCGUAGAGGAGACGGAGAGAGCGGCCAGUGUAGCGCCGCGACUGUCAGAGAACAUCUCCCUGUUUCAGUCACUCCGAGUACUGCAAGAAGGAGAGGAAGACUCCGAGCUCGCUGCUAACACUGACGUCCGCGCUGUCGGCGCUGGUGGCGACGUGCGGCGCGCUGGUGGCGGCGCUGUGCGCGGCGCUGCUGGUCGCCGCGCGCUCCAUGCGCCGCGCCUCGCGCGCCAGCGCCCACCACGCGUACGUGCCGCACAAGGGACGCAUCAAAUAAUAACCAUCUCACAACAACAUUCCUAGCGAACUUCCUAUUAAAGCCCGUUUAGACCAAACGAGCGAAUGCUCAUUCUGUCUCCGCUCUAUUAAAUUCUGUUAGUGUAAACAGUCUGAAAGCAUUCGCUCGUUGUUCUAUCUGCAUUCGCAAAGAUUCUAUGGAACAUUUUGAGAAUGUUCGUUAGCUCGGUGUAAAAGGUACUAGAGCGUGCGAAUAGUUGCUUAGAGCGUUCUUGCGUGUUAGGAUACGGUCGCUCAUCAGAGCGGUCUCUUCAAGGUGUUCUUAUGAUUUGAGUACAUAUUGCUAUCGAUUACAUGUGCAUUCGUUUGGUCUAAACGUUUUGCAGAAUUCUAGUUCAUGGUUCACUUAAGACGAAUUUUCAUUUACACUAGAAGAACACGAAAGAAUACUUCAUAUAAUAGUAGCGAUGGUCGAUUUUGCUCCUGUUAGUUGGUUAGAUGGCGCUAGCGUUGUUGGGGGCGGGAAAAUGA